AUGGGACGAGCGCAGAGAGCGGGAAGGGGCGAGACGCUGGAGGAGAUCGGUGAGGUAGGGUGGGGCCAGGUUAUGAAGGGCUUUGAAAGUGCUGAGGAGAACUUUGAAUUUGAUACGCUGAGCGAUGGGGAGCCAGUGAAGGUUCUGAAGGACAAGGGUGAUGUGUUCACGAGGACAGCGGUUCUAGCAGGGGAUGCUAAGCUUAAGCUUCGCCUCACGCGGCUACGUCUGGAGACAGAGGAGAGGGAGAGAGAAAGAGAGCGACGGGCAGAGUAUGAGCUCCGCCUGCAGGUUUGCAGGAUGGAGAUUGAGGCGGACAAGGAAGUCCGGCUGAAGCAGCUGGAGGUUGAGGCUUUGCAACACUCUGCAGCACAGUCUUCGAUGGCAGACACUGCUACUGCUUUAGCGGUUUCUGACGGGAAAAGGGGGUUUGAUGUAUGCAGAAACAUAGCGAUGGUGCCUACGUUUCGUGAGUCUGAGGUGGAUUCCUACUUUAAAGCUUUUGAACGUGUGGCAAUAGCUCUUGACUGGCCAGAGGACAUGUGGUCCAUAUUGCUUCAAUGUAAGCUGGUGGGAAAAGCUCAGGAAGUUGUAUCCUCUCUUUCUGUUGCUGACAGCUUACAAUACACAGUGCUGAAAGAGUCUAUAUUGCGUGCCUAUGAACUUGUACCAGAAGCAUACAGGCAGAAAUUCAGGAAUCACAAGAAACCUAGUGGUCACACAUUUGUUGAGUUUGCAAGAGAAAAAAGUGUUCUCUUUGACAAGUGGUGUUCGGCCAGUGAAGUUCAAAACAAUUUUGAGUCUCUCCGUCAGCUUGUUCUUCUUGAGGACUUUAAGGGUUCAUUACCAGAGAAAGUCGUUGUGUUCCUCAAUGAACAAAAAGUUACAUCAUUGUCAAAGGCAGCAGUGAUGGCUGACGAGUUUGUUUUAACCCAUAAGACUGUGUUCUGGUCUCAUUCUGAAGGGUUAGCAGGACCCCGCCCUCUGAGAGUGGAGCCUAGAUCGUUUCCUCAGGAUAAGCCCAGAGAACUAUCAACUUCCCCUCGUGGUAGUCGUGAAUUGUUCUACUGCCAUAAAAGGGGCCAUGUUGUUGUAGAUUGUCCUGGUCUGAAACGCAAAUUGUCAUCCACAUCACCUCAACCUAAAGGCAUGGGUCUGCUCAAAAGUUUGCCAGGUAUGGACAAGCCUCAAACUUUAGACCCAUGUUUCAAACCUUUUGUGUCUCAGGGUUUCAUUUCAGAAACAGGCCAUCCAGACAACCAACAGCCGGUGACUAUGCUGAGAGACAUGGGCGGCUCACAAUCUGUCAUACGGGAAGGAAUAUUGCCAUUAACUGAGGGCUCUUCAUGUGUGGAUUUCAUUCUCGGAAACGACAUAGCGGGUGGAAAGGUUGUACCAGCUCCUGAGGUGACAGAAAACCCUGUUGUGGACUUAGGUGUUGAGAAUCCACAGCCAGGUUUUGAACGUUUCCCUCAUUGUGUUGUCACCAGGGCUCAAACACAGAAGUACGGUCUUGAUUUGUCUGAUUCCUUUCUUGCUGGAGAAUGUGUUUCGGUGAAGGGCAGAUCUAGCAGAUUGCCUAAGGUUUCACCUAAGUCUUUAACAUCGUGUCCUACAACAGUUGAAUUACCAGCUACACGAGAAGAAUUCAUCGCAGCACAGAAGGAAGACACAUCCAUUAAGAAAUGUCAUGCGCUUGUUCUUUCUCUUACAGAGGCUGAGAAAAUGAAAACUGCAUAUUUUUACAAUGAUGGCUUACUAAUGCGCCAAUGGACAAGCGGAAACCCUAGUGAGGACUGGGCAGUGACUAAUCAGGUGGUUGUGCCUACAGUCUUUCGUCCUCAGGUGUUGAUGCUGGCUCAUGAUCACCCGUGGUCGGGACACCUGGGGGUUACAAAAACCUAUGAUCGUGUCCUUAAACAUUUCUUUUGGCCUGGACUCAAGUCGGAUGUCAUUCAUUACUGUCGCACUUGUCACAUAUGUCAGUUAGCAGGAAAACCAAACCAAGUAGUUCCUCCUGCCCCCCUCGUUCCUAUUCCUGUGCAUGAGGAACCAUUCGAGAGGGUCAUUGUCGAUUGUGUGGGACCACUGCCGAAGGCAAAAACCGGAAACCAGUUUAUACUCACCAUCAUGUGUGCAUCUACAAGGUUCCCUGAAGCGGUCCCUUUGAGGAGAAUAACAGCUAAUGUUAUUACUAAGGCUUUGGUGAAGUUUUUCUCUGUGUUAAUUUCCUGAUGAUGUUCACCUGGGACUGCAGCUUCAUCAGCUGUGACUGGCCGUCUGCUGGUCAUGUGGUGCUCCUCUACCAGGAAGCCGGAGCCUAUUAAAGCACACCUGGGAGCUGAGCCUGGGAGAGUCUGGUGAACUGUCUCUGGCUGACACUCACUGCGAUCCUGACUCUCUUUUGGCUGCAUGCUUCUGACUAAGCUGUUUUCCUCAGGUACGUGGUGGGAGGUUGUGAUCAGGCAAGUUUGGGGCCCCAUACAUUUUCACACGCAGGCUGAACUUUGUUAGACACACCAGGUAAGGGGUUGGUGCCAUUUCUUGUAAUGUUUUGUAUGUUUGUAUUUAGACUAGUUAGGUAGUCUUUUGUUGAUCUUUUGAUUUAUGGGUUUAGUUGCAGAGUUAGGCCUGGUUUUGUUAUCUUGAGUUUAUUUAUUUGGCACAACCCAAACGUCACUUCCUCCCCCACAGGUAAUUGUUUGCAGCAGCCUGAGUCUUUGAAUAUUAUAAACCAUAUUUAUAUACAUCA